CUAGAGGCCUAUCUCACAUUAGCUUUUGUAAAAAGGAGGGUAAAAAUUUAGAAAAAAAGGAUAUUAUUUUCAAAAUAUUAAAAAAGAUAAAAUUAGUUAGGGUUUCAAAUCGGACCAAAUCAUAUCCCCAAAUUUCUCUGAUCGGAGCCCUAGAAUUCCUCUUUUGCAUGUGGUGAAAAUUCUCCGUUUUCGCUCUCGCUUUCGAUAAUUCCGAGGAAAGGAUCUGGAAGCAUGUGUUUGUUUAUGAAUAUGAUGUGUGAUGGAAUAUGAAAUUAGGGGAAGUAAUUGUUGUUUGGGAUUAAGUGAUUACUGUAGAUGGAAAGUGGUGUAGAAGAAAAAUCUGGUGGUAGUUCUAUCAAGAAUUCGAAGAAACAAAGGUCUUUGGAUCUACAGACACUAUACAAGUCUGGGGAUUUAAAGAAGGAGAGUAGUGAUUUUGAUGAUAGGAAGAAGAAGAAAAAAAAGAGGAAGAGUAUAACAGAGGUGUCAUUAGACAAAGCUGAGCCAUCUGGGAAAAAGAGUGGGAGUAAUGGUAAUGGUACAGAUGAGGAUCAUGUGAAUGGGGAUAGUGAAUCGCGGUUAUCAUCGUCUAAGUUGGCGAAAAGAUUGAAUUGCAGCAAUGGGUUGAGUGGCUUUUCUCUUAGUUUAGAUAGUAAUGGUAAUGCUAUUCCAAUUCCAAAGCGCCCGCGUGGUACUGUGGGGCGAAGGAAGUUUGAUAAUGGUCGAGGUUCGCAGUUAUCGAGGGUUCAGACUUCUGUCAUUGGAAAUGGCAAGAUAAAAAGUGAACCUGACAAAACUGAGGCUGAUGAUCAGCUUCCAAAAAAGCGAGCUUUGUCUGGGGGAGAAGGUAAAAGUGAUGAACAGACUUCUAAAUUACCUAGUCAUUCAGCUGGCAACGGUGUUGCGGUCAAGGUAAAAAGAAAGGCAAGUGUUGAUGAUUCAGGGGAAAAGAAAAAAGAUAAGGCCAGUUCAAUUCGGCAGGGUAAGGAAGAUGGUCAUGUAGCUGUAAAUAAUGGUGAAUCAUCUUCUAGAAAGCACCAGAGUACUCGUAACAAGAGAAAGGAUUCGUCAUCUAGGAGUAGAAAAUCUGUAAAGAAUGGUGUAUCAUCUGGAGAUAACUUUGGAAGCUUUUGUCAAGAUUCUCUGGAGGAUGAUGAUGAAGAGAACCUUGAGCAGAAUGCAGCAAGGAUGCUGUCAUCGAGAUUUGACCCUAGUUGUACAGGGUUUUCUUCAAAAAGCAGAUCUUCAGCAUCACUAUCUGCUGAACGAUUAUCUUCUUUACUCACUCCUGGUCAGGAUUUCGUUAGUCGGGAGGGAAAUUCCUUGACUGGCUCAGAAUCUGUAUCAGUUGAUACUGCUAACAGAGUUCUACGACCAAGACAGAAGCUCAAAGAGAAGGGUAUUUCUAGGAAACGCCGUCAUUUUUAUGAAGUUCUUCCUAGGGACUUGGAUGCUUACUGGGUAUUGAACCGAAGGAUUAAAGUCUUCUGGCCAUUGGAUGAGAGUUGGUAUUCUGGUCUUUUGAAUGAUUAUGAUCCAGAGAGGAAACUCCACCAUGUUAAAUAUUAUGACCGAGAUGAGGAAUGGAUAAACCUUGAAAAUGAGCGGUUUAAACUUUUGCUUUUCCCUGGGGAGGUACCUGGAAAAAGGAGAGUCAGAAGAUCUGCAAAUGCCACGAAAAGCAUUGGUGAAAGAAAACUUGACUUGGCCGUAGAUGAGGACAGCCACCCAGGUAACUGUCUGGACUCGGAGCCCAUUAUAUCUUGGUUGGCUCGAUCAUCUCGUCGAGCAAAGUCUUCUCCUUCCAGGCCAUUGAAGAAACAGAAAACAAUACAGUUGUCUACCCCUAUUGUGUCAUCACCGCUGCAUGUCAAAACUGAGGGCACAAGCUGGAAUUUAGGUUCCUUGAACAGCAGUAAAGACAAGACAGAUAAUGAUCUUUUAUUCCCAGACAAACUGAUUGGUCUUAGCAAGGCUGAGAAUUCUUUUGUCGAAAGUCAUAGCAGCCCCAAAGAUGGAAAACCUGUUGUUUAUGUUCGAAGGCGUUUUCGUAAGAAGGAUGUACCUGUGUAUGAAACUGACAAAGCUUAUGUAGCUGAUAUAGCUACUGUUCCUGUUGCACCAGUUGUGGAUGAAUUGCAGAACUGCAGCACCAGAGUUAUGUGCAUUCCUAGCCCUGAGGGUGAGAAAUUACUGUCUGCAGUUGAUGAUGAAGGGGUUCUAAGAUUACACAUGCCAUUGUUAGAGGCUAAGCAAUUCAGGGUGGAAAUAUGCCUACCCGUAUUGCCUUUGUUGCUGCUUGAAGCAGAACAGGAUUGGUUAUCUCGCACUGUUUUGCUGCUGCAGCAUGGUGCCAUUAUGAUAAGGUGGCCAAAUUUUUCUUUAGAGAUGCUUUUUGUUGAUAAUGUAGUCGGACUGAGGUUUCUUUUAUUUGAGUGUUGCCUCAACCACGCCGUGGCCUUUAUCUUCCUUGUCUUAACAUUAUUCAAUCAAGCUGAUGAAGAGUGGAGGUUUGAAAGUCUUCAGUUACCUGUAACUUCAGUAAGGUUUCGGCUUUCUUCUAUUCAGGAUUCUAGGAAGCAGCAAUCUUUUGCAUUUUCCUGUUUCUCCAAACUCAAAAACUCAAAAUGGUUAUACCUGGACUCCAAGCUUCAGAAACAUAGUUUGCUUGCUAGGCAGCUGCCUCUCUCUGAGUGCACAUAUGAGAAUAUCAAGUCCCUCGAUUGCAGAAGUGAGCAAUUACAGUUCAAUGCUCAUGCAGACCCUUCCUCAUUUAAGAAGAAGUUUGUGCCAGGUUGUCUCCCCAAAGCCACCUCGACAGAGUGUUGCAGUGCAAGGCUUACUACUUCUACUUUUGGUUCUGCAAUGAAGCUUGGAAGGAUUCCUCCUUUUGCUCUUUCAUUUGCUGCUGCACCCACUUUCUUCAUAUGUCUACAUCUCAGGUUACUCAUGGAGCGCAACUUUGCCUGUGUUAGCCUUCGGGAUUAUGAUUCUAUAAAUGCUUGCCAGCCAGUUAAAAAUGACUUCAGUCGGAUGAAGUGCUCUGAGAUCACUGAGAAUAGUGCAGAAACUUCAUUUACUGGACCUAGUUCUGAUGGAGGGUCAUCAUUUGCUGAACAGCAACUAGGGAGUUUGGCGCGUGAACAACAGCUGGGAAGGUCAUCUCAAAUUUGUCAAUUAGAUGUUUCCUCGAGCUCUUCCAUUGCCAGACAUUCUGAAUUGGACACUUCUGAUGUGAUUGUUGUGUCAAACAAAAUAGAAUCUGAUGAUCAAUUAUCGGACCAGUUUGUUGAAUCUCCCGGGAGAAAAAAUUCGAACAAUUUAUCUCACAGCUUGUCUAAUGCUCAGUGCCAUUCUGGUUUGGUGGGGAUGAGUGUUGUAAUUCCAUCAUUUGACCAACUGGAGGGACUAUCUGAUGGAAAAGGAAUUAUCUUGGGAGACGCGUCUCAUUUGACUCUGAAUACAGGUGAUGACAUGAUACGCAGCCCAAACUGUACUGUUACAAGUAAUGUGGUCCGGAGCCCCAAUAUUACUGGCACGAGGGAUCGCAUGGACCAGAGCCCCAACCCUUCCUGCCCUAGAGGAUUGCUGUAUCGCAACAGAAACAGCUCUAGUUCUUCUCCUUUUGGAGAAAUUUCACCUGUAUGGGUUGAUGGGAAGGCAAAUUUUGCACGCGGUGGAUUUGGCAAUGGUCCAAAGAAACCUCGAACACAGGUGCAGUACACAGUGCCAUACGGAGGUUAUGACUAUGGUUCAAUGCAAAAAUAUCACAGCCCUCGAGCUCUUCCUUAUAAAAGAAUUAGAAGAGCUAGUGAGAAGAAGAAUGCAGAUAGUUGUAGUGGUUCGCAGAGAAAUAUUGAGUUACUAGCUUGCGAUGCAAAUGUGUUGGUUACUCUUGGGGGGGUCAAAGGGUGGAGAGAAUUUGGUGCGCGGAUAGUCCUGGAAAUUGCGGGUCACAAUGAAUGGAGAAUUGCUGUCAAAUUUUCUGGGGUUACAAAGUAUUCAUAUAAAGUUCAUAAUGUUUUGCAGCCUGGCUCUACCAAUCGCUUUACCCAUGCCAUGAUGUGGAAAGGGGGGAAGGAUUGGGUCCUGGAGUUUCCUGACAGAAGCCAGUGGAUGUUGUUCAAGGAGUUGCAUGAAGAGUGUUAUAACAGGAAUAUACGUGCUGCCUCAGUUAAAAACAUCCCUAUUCCUGGUGUCCGUUUGAUAGAAGAAAUUGAAGAUUAUGCAUCAGAAGUCUCCUUCAUUCGCUCUUCACCAAAGUACUACAGACAGGCUGAAAGUGAUGUUGAAAUGGCCAUGGAUCCAUCACGUAUACUAUAUGACAUGGACAGUGAGGAUGAGCAGUGGUUAUCCAGGAAGAGUUUUUCUUGCUCCAGUGAGAGUAAACAUGAAGAGAUAUCUGAUGAAUUGUUUGAGAAGGUAAUGGACAUGUUUGAGAAAGUUGCUUAUGCCCGACAGCGUGAUCACUUUACGCCUGAUGAGGUGGAAGUGCUGAUGGUUGGUGUAGGGCCAAUGGAAGUAAUUAAAUCCAUUCAUGAGCAUUGGCAGAACAAGCGGCAGAAGAAUGACAUGUCAUUAAUACGCCAUCUCCAGCCUCCACUUUGGGAGAGGUAUCAGCAGCAACUUAAGGACUGGGAACAAGCAAUGUCAAAUGCUAAUCUUGGCUUUGCUAGCGUAAGCCAGCAGAAAGCAGCUUUCACGGAGAAACCACCUAUGUACGCAUUUUGUUUGAAGCCUCGAGGUCUGGAGGUUCCUAACAAGGGCUCAAAACAACGCUCGCAGAGAAAAAUCUCGGUCUCAGGACACAAUCAUAUUGGUUCAAGAGAUCAAGACGGUCUUCAUUCCUUUGGGAGAAGAUUAAAUGGAUAUUCACAUGGAGAUGAGAUGGUUGUGUAUCCGAGCCAUGAAUAUUCAGAUGGUUCCCCUAUGCUUCAUGCGUCACCCCGAGUUUUUUCACCACGGGAAGCUUCUGGGUUUGGGUAUUUUUCCUUGAACUCAGAUGUGUCAGAUUGGAAUCAUCAGCCAAAAUUUUAUAGGAACAAAUCAAAGAAGAUUGGGUCGUUUCACUCUCAUAGUAAUCCACAUAUGGUGGCUUCAUAUGAUCAGAGAACUGUUGUGAAGCGAAAUGGGGUUCAUAGGUGGAAUAUGAGCUUACCUGAGUGGACUAGUCAAAAGCAUUACCAUCCUGAAGGAUCUUGUGGGCCUGCAAUUGAGCAAUUUGACAGUUCAGAUCUUCAUGAGUUCAGGUUGCGUGACGCCUCCGGAGCAGCACAGCAUGCUCGUAACAUGGCAAAACUGAAGAGGGAGAAGGCCCAAAGGUUACUCUAUAGAGCUGAUCUAGCCAUUCAUAAAGCUGUUGUAGCUCUCAUGACUGCUGAGGCAAUCAAAGCUGCUGCUGAGAGCACAAAUGUUGAUGGUUAGGUUGUCCCUGAAUAUGUGAUUGCCAGGAAUCAAGUUCCCUGAUCCCUGCGAAUGGCAUGUACUGCCAAAGUCUUCAUCUCCUUUGGAAUGCGCUAAUUUUGCAAAAUGACAAUGGUAUGGCAUCCAUUUGUUGAUAGCAUUUAGCAAGGAUUUUCAACAUAGGUGGCUGGGGCAGUAUUGGUAGCAGAAUUUUGCUUUCUGCCUAAGUCAUGAUGCUACGUUCUCCAAUUAUACGUCGUCAUAGUCAAGGCAGUUUUGGUACAUAGUUUUUUUUUUUAGCCUUUCUUUGCCCACUAGUGUUCCGGGAGCAGGUUUUUCCAGUUCAUUGCAACUGAAGGGCUCUUGCCGGUAAAGGGGUGCAUGGAAUUUUGCUAUGCUGAUCACUGUACAGAUUUUAUCAGUGUUUCCUUCUUCUUUUAGCUUCUUUGUCUUUAUUGACCCACUUAACCUUAGCAUAGUGCUUGAUGCGGAAGGAGCAAUUGUCCGAAAUAAUAUACUACAUCUCUUGAAAGAAAAUCACAAAUUCUAGUUUGGGCUUAUGGAGUACCUAUUAUUUGUAUUGACGGAGAACACUUAUAUUUGUUGGAAAACAGAUGAAGGAUGUGGCUGUAAGUAAUCACCCAUUAAAUGAGGCAUUAAUCCUUUUGCUUCUACAGUUUAUGAUGAAGUUCGAAAUGAUUUCAAAUGUUCAUAUGGGCAGCAGACGAAUAGCUGCUUUUGCUUGAUCUUUC